UGCACAAGAAUCAUGCCGCUUUAUUAGAGGUCGGCGGAUGGUUAGAGAACAUAGUGGCAGCCCAAUAACAGUGAUAAAGGUUCAUAUUCGCCUGCUCCUUUCAUAUAGGGAAGUUACUCCGAUCACCUGAGAUAUUUAUAUAUAUAUUUUUAAACGGACAGACCUCGGACCAAACAGACUAGGCUAAUUACUAUUUCAAAUAAAGAAACUCGACCUCAUCAUUGGAAUACACUGAUCGAAGGUCCAAAUAAAGGACCGGGAUAAGGACACAUAAGGGCCACUGCUGAAAAUUUGUCAUCCAGUAGAGUGAAAAAAACAAACAAACAAAAACCUGAGCCUGAGCCAUGGGGGAUUAUUACGAGGUCCUGGGUGUGACGAGAAAUGCAUCCCAUGACGAUAUAAAGAAAGCGUACAGAAAGCAAGCACUAAAGUGGCAUCCAGACAAAAACCCAGAAAUAAAAGAAGAGGCAGAGAUCAAGUUUAAAGAGAUCUCAGAAGCAUAUGAAGUCCUGUCAGAUGAUAGCAAAAGGAGACAGUAUGAUAGAUAUGGUAAAGAAGGCAUGUCUAAUAGAGGUGGCCAUUAUGACGAGGAUUUCAUGGGCGGAUUUACAUUCCGCAAUCCAGAGGAUGUCUUCAGUGAAUUCUUUGGAGGCCGAGAUCCAUUUGCAGAUUUUUUUGCUGAUGACCCCUUUGAAGAUUUCUUUGGUGGUGGGCGACGUCAUAGGGGUGUGAGCAGGAGCAGGACGACAGGUUCAUUCUUUCCUGGGUUUUCUCCAUUUGGUCCUGCCUUUUCUGGGUUUAACACUGGAUUCACCCCGUUCGGCCCAAUGUGUGGGGGUGGGGGUGGUUUCACCUCAUUUUCCUCCUCUUCUUUUGGUGGUGGAGGUGGAAUGGGAAAUUUCCGCUCUGUCUCAACAUCCACCAAAUUCAUCAAUGGAAGGAGGAUCACCACCAAACGUAUUGUUGAGAACGGUCAAGAGAGAGUGGAGGUAGAGGAGGACGGUCAGCUCAAAUCUCUCACAGUCAAUGGUAAGGAGUAGCUUCUACGACGGGACAACAAGUGAUCUCUGAACUCUGCAGAUGAACAUUCAAAAAGUUUAAACCCAAACAUUCCUAAAGAUAAGCAACACUCACGACCAGGGUGAUGGCUACUGACUCUGCUCUCCACUAGUCAGCAAACCAAGAGUAGGUCACAUAUAACGCAUCCAAGCAAUGUGAUGCUGUUACCCUCCCUGCAGUGAAUUGCAGACAAACAGGGUUAAACACUCAUUCCAACUUAAGCAUUCUUGUCUUUUUUCUUGGGGACCAUUUAUUCCUCACAAAACCUGGAGACCUCAGUUUGAACGAGCGCAAUUCAUUCCUUUCUGUCAGCUGAUCAUGGCUGUUCUUUCAUCCAUAAGGGCUUAUUGCCUGACAACAGGUUGCUUUCUGCUGUUGAGCCAUUCAACUGUUCCAAUAAAGUCUUAACAUCUCCACUCUAAAAUAUUUAAUAUGAUCUAACCAAUUUUAUAUAGCUACCAUUUGUUGAUAAUAUUAAGCUGUUGACAAAUUACUUUUCUUAUUUUGCUUCACAACUAACUGUUGCAUAACCUGAGACCUUUCCAUUUAAAAAAGAAUAUUGUUUGACUUAAAUAUAUAUAUAUAUAUAUAUAUUACAUAUUUACAUACAUAUACUGUAUAUGCUGGAAAUGUUGUUCUUUGUAA